ACAUGACGGGUUGUCGUUUCCUCAUUUUUAUGCUAUUGCCCCUCAAGAGGAUCAGAAUCUCCAUCAAGCUCACCAUUGCGCAGGGCUCCUGGGUGAGGAGCAGGUAUCCGGCCCCCUCGGGAGCUCUUGAGUGGCAUCGGGCUCUGGAAAGAACCAUGGAACUCUGGCUUUGGUCCCUUUACUUCCUGCCAGUAUCUGGGGCUCUGAGGGUCCUCCCAGAAGUCCGGCUGGAUGGAGAGCUGGGUGGGUCCAUUAUCAUCCAGUGCCCACUUCCUGGCAUACACAGCAGGAUGUACCUGUGCCGGCAGAUGACCGAGCCUGGGAGCUGUACUACUGUGGUGUCCAACAUGUUCACCAAGAAGGAGUACUGGAACCGAGUCACCCUGGAACCAUGCUCAGACAAGAAUCUCUUCGUAGUAGAGAUAAUGAAAUUGACCGAAAGUGACAGCGGCAUCUAUGCCUGUGGGUGGGGCAGGUACACAGACUUGGGAAAGACCCAGAAAAUCAUCCUGAAUGUACACAAUGCAGCGUAUGAGCCAUUCUUGGAAGAGGAAAAGAUUUCGGGGUCUUCAGAAUGGCUGCACAGCUUUCUGCACGUGCAGAUCCCCAAGAGGCUCCAGGGGGCUGUGCAAACCAAUUCUGGAUUCCUUGCUGCAGUUACCACCCCAGCUGAAAGCACUGAGGGCUCUCCAGCCCACCACGCCUCCCCCACCACGCCAGCAGCUCACUAUGCUGGAGUUUCCAGAACAUCUUCAGUAGCAGCUGCCCAGCCCUCAACUCCUCCAACAACCACUGCCUCACAAAACCCUACUCAGGAGGGAAUGUUCAGGCCCCAAGUGACCAACUACCACACCAGGGAGAGAUCGUUCUACCAUCGCCAUGGCUCACGGUCAGGGAGCUGGGACCAAGGGUUUCACAUCCUGGUACCAACCAUCCUGGGCCUUCUCCUGCUGGCCCUUCUGUGGCUGGUGAUCAAAAGAGCCAUUCGAAGGAGGAAAGCCUUCUCCAGGCAGGUCCGCCGAUUGGCACGGAGGGUGCGCACCCCGGAGUCCGUCCAGCAGCCCCGGGCGCAGCGGACCCGGGGGACGCCGCGGCCGCGCUCCCAGAACAACGUGUACAGCGCCUGCCCGAGGCGCCCCCGGGGCCCGGACACCGCCGGACAAGGAGAGGCAGCUCCUUCCCAUCUCCCAGCCUCGGUGCCACCCCAGGGCCCUCCGCAGGAACCUGAGGCUCCCCGUCUCCUUGCCCAGCCUCUGAAAGCCAGCUGUGACUACGUGAGCUUGUGCCAUCCGCCUGCUGUCAAGAUGGAGGACACCGAUUCAGGCGACUACGUCAAUAUUCCCAACCUGACCCACCUUCCCAGCUGUUCCCUUGGGCCCAGACCUUGGUGCCAAUGAGGCUUAACUGUCCACUCAUUUCCAAUACCCACUCCAUCUUUUUGUAGGGUCCUCAGCACCUCCCAGGGCCCAACUCAACUCUCACCCCUGGAUCUGUGCCUUGACAUGGCACUGUCUUCAGCCAAUCUUACAUCCUCCUGUUCACCAGCUGGGCUCUGGGCAGGCAUGCAGAUCAUUUGUCCCAGUGCCAUCCGCUUCUUUUCCAUGCCAUCAAACAGGCUGCAGGCUUUGCAAGUAUCUUUAGUCACAAGGUCAUUGCUUCCCUGACUUCGAUUGCCUAGCAUCAGGCUGGACCAUAGGCAUAGCUGUAGCUUCAAAGCCCCUCCCAGGUCUGGUUUCACACAAAUAGAAUUCCAUUGCAUGGCUUGGUGAGAAUGUGCCCUGAUUCUCAGAGCUAGGAAGGGGGCUGGUGUAACACACCAGGGGUGGUCUUUGCCUUCGCCCAGGUUCUGGCAUUUGCUCAGGAGCUACUCCCUACCUUCAAUCCUCUAGGAAGGCAAUGAGAUAGUCUAAAUUUUUAGACCCCAUCUUAUUAAAGACAUGGGUAGAUA